AUGACGACGAUUGGAAAAAUUGAUGUUUUUGAUGAAACCCAAGAAAGCUGGGAGACGUAUGUCGAACGAGUACAACAUUUUUUCGCUGCAAACGAUGUCGACGACAAUCAUCAAGUGCCAACUCUGCUGAGUUUGAUUGGAAGCAAAACGUAUUCAUUAUUAAAGGAUUUACUUUUGCCAGAAAAGCCUGCAGACAAGAACUUUGAUGAAAUAGUAAGUACAUUACAGAAGCAUUUAAAUCCUAAACCACUAGAAAUAGCCGAACGGUUUCGUUUUUAUAAGAGAAAUCAGCAAGAAGGGGAGAGCAUUUUAAGUAAUGCAUUGUAAAGCAUUUUAAAGAAAUUAACCACGCAUUGCAAUUUUGGAAGUAACUUGGAAGAAACCUUGCGCGACAGAUUGGUGUGUGGAUUAAGUAAUCAGCAAAUUCAGAAACGUCUCCUUGCAGAGUCAAAAUUAAAAUUCUCCAAAGCUGUUGACAUAGCAGUUGCUAUGGAAACAGCCACUCGAGAUGCUACAAAGAUCCACAGCAAGGGUAGAGAAGAAAAACCUCUUGGUCUUGACAAACUGACACUGAACAGACCCUCGAAUAGAUCAGAUAGGGGCCCACCUUCCCCUGUAGUGUGUUAUCGAUGUGGAGCUAAUACCCAUGUUGCAACUGAGUGUAGAUUUAAGAAAGAA